AUGGCAUUCAAGCUUGAAUUGUUACUCACCUUAGGACUUGCAUUUGCUACUCUCUAUAUUUCAGUUGCUGGGGAUGCAGACAUUCUUUCUGAUUUCAUAGUCCCGCCUAACCUCAACGGCAUUGAUGGCAACUUUUUCACCUUCACUGGCAUGAGAGUUCUUCUUAAUGGAGAUUUUCCGACGACUUUCAAGGUUUUGAAAGCAAGCAUGGCUGAAUUCCCAGCUCUCAACGGUCAAAGUGUUUCUUAUGCAGUUCUUGAGUACCCUGCUGGCUCUGUCAACCCACCUCACACACAUCCUCGCGCAGCAGAGCUCUUGUUUCUCCUCAAUGGAAACCUUGAAGUGGGGUUUGUGGACACCACCAACAAGCUCUAUACUCAGACGCUCCAACAGGGUGACAUGUUUGUGUUUCCUAAGGGACUUAUUCACUACCAAUACAACAACGAUACAAAAAAUGGUGCCAUAGCAGUAUCUGCAUUUGGCAGUGCAAAUGCUGGAACCGCUUCAAUUCCUGGUUCUGUCUUCAACACCAGCAUUGAUAGUGGGAUACUGGCUAAGUCCUUUAAAACUGAUGUUGCCACUAUUCAGAAAAUCAAAGCUGGCUUCGGAGCCAAGGCCUGA